AUGGACGCCUGGUCUCAGAUGAACUACUGUCGGAACCCGUCAGGGAGAGAAAAGCCUUGGUGCUUCAUCGAUGACUCGGAAACACAAUGGGAUUACUGCGACAUCCCCACAUGCGAAGAUCCAGGUGAAUCGUUAAAAAAAUUCCCGGGGUUGGAAAUUCAUCAACCUCCAGAGUGCAAGGUGACCGAAAUGGGUGGUGAAUACAUCGGGAGGAAGAACGUCAGCCUUUCGGGUGAUCAGUGCAAGCCUUGGAAAGAGUGGAUCGAAGGUGAUGGUACGUACAAAAGGAUUUUUCCAGAUUUGGAAGGCAUGGACGAGCAACACAACUUCUGCCGAAACCCAUACGGAGAAUUCGAUGUUCCCUUCUGUUACGUCUGGGAUACCGUCAUCGAGGCCUGCGAUAUACCAUUCUGCCCAGAAGAAAAGAAGGUUCGAGAAGGCGCUGAGGGUACCAACUAUCCUGAGUGCCUCUUGUCGGAGAAAGGGAAGGAAUACGUGGGAACCAUGAGUGUGACCGAAACGGGAAAAGCUUGUCUCUCGUGGGCCGAACAGGCAGAUGACAUGCCUUGGGAUUUCUACAUGAGGCGACAUCCGGACUCCGAUUUCUCUUCGGAAUAUACCGGCUAUGACAAAAACUACUUGUUUUUGAAUGGUGAUGCAAAAAUGCACAAGAAUUACUGUCGGAACCCUGGGCCGCACAGAAAAAGGCCUUGGUGUUUCAUCUCUGACGUCGAUAUCAAAUGGGAGUAUUGUGAUAUCCCCUUCUGCCAUGACAUGAAUCCGCCGAAUUGCAAGCUGACGGGCAGGGGAGGAGAAUAUGUCGGAAAUAAAAAAGUCACAAUGUCUGGUAAACCCUGUCAACCAUGGGUAGGCAGUUUCACAAUCGACGAGAGGCCGAAUUACGCCGAAACGUCUACAUUUCCCGAGGAAAUCGACUCGACCGACAACUUUUGCCGCAAUCCUCGCCCAAGUACUAUUCGGAGUCCUUGGUGCUUCGUAGAACCUGGGCUCUACGGUGAAUGGGAGUAUUGCGAUGUUCCCUUUUGCCCCACGAGUGAUGGAGAAGAGUGCGACAUACGAAUCAAGGGGGAAUGCGUUAGUGAGUAUUUCAUAGAAUUAUUUUCUCGGCUCUGUGCCGUGUUCCUGCCACGUUCUGUGAUGUAG